AUGUCAUCUCCAGGCACCAAGAGAAAACGCGCAGUCAUAGAUGAUGGCAGCGAUGCAGGCUGCUCUCGUACUUGGGUAUCAAGUACGUCUGACUUCAACAACAACAACACAAAAGCGCAAGUGAGGGAACAGUACAAUAAUAAAUGCUGGCAUUGUGGAGCAAGCCCUGCGGAUGUCUGCCAUGUGAUUGGCAGCAGAGAUAACACUUUUCACGAGGCCCUUACACAUGACUUCCAAGAGAAGCAAGACCCACAGAACGCGAUCGCACUCUGCGGUACCUGCCAUACGAAUUUCGAUCAUGUUUAUAAUCCCUCAUUCUUCUUCUUACCAACCGAUCUAAAUUACUUCCUCAACUUCGAGAGACAAGAUCGAAAACGUUGUCGAAAACUAGGUCAUCGCACGGGGACAACUCCGGCGCGGAUGUAUCCUACCGCACAAACAUAUCAGAAUCACCAAGAAAAUCAGGGAGUUGAAGGUGCUAGGCUGGGAGGGCUCUAUACAAGGAUUGUCAUAAGCGACUUCCUUCCUCAAUAUCCUGGACGCGCUCCUUUUCAGCCCGGUGUGAGUGAGUAUGGUGCGACAAAGUCAUGGACGGGUUCGCCUAUGGCAUCUUUGCAGCGUGCUGUACUUAUGCUACGGAAGCUCAAUCUCAAUGGGAUUCCUCAGGAGAUACGAAAUGCUUUGCGACAAUUACAAGAUGUUUACAGUGAAGAAUUGGAUCUUGAUGGCUCAGACACGAGUAGCAUCGAGCCCGGUGAAUCAGAGGACACCGAUUUUGAGGAAGGGAGGGGGGAAAUGUAUGAAGAUAAGAGAAGAGAACUUAGAGCCAAGUCGCAACAAAGCGGGGCAGAACAGAUAUCUGUAAGCGGUAAUAGAGAGCAAGAUGGUGAAGAGCACGUAGUCAACGAAGACAACGGACGCGCGCUCGCCUCAGAGGGUAGAGACCAUUCGGAGGCGAAUCUCGAAGUUGAAUCAUCAGACCCAAUGCUAUACCAUCACGCUAUCGAUUUCGAUUCACCGCGGUUCUGGCGUUGGGGACCCUCCGCGACGAGCGAGGAUGCAGCGAAGUUCUUUCAGCGGGUAUCGUGA